AUGAAGAUCCACUUCACCGCUACCACCUUAUUCGCCGUGGCAGCUCUAGCUGUCUCGACCUCGAGUUCGGAAUGCAACAACGAUAACUGCGCUCGUGCUGUUACUGGAACCCAACUCGGCGUCUCUCAUCCGUCCACUGCUCGAGCUGAUUGCAGUAGCUUCUUCCAGAAGACUAUCUCCCCCCUCGUCACAAUUCGAGUCACCGCAACCGUAGCUACUAUGUCGAUGAUCAUUCCUGCCAAGCGACAGAUUCCCACACCUGGCAUCCCAUUCUAUGCAAGACCCUCUACCAUCACCAUCACGACGAAUGUGACCGCUACACUCACUCAGAAGACCACAUCUUCAAUCAGCUCAUCAUCGACUGCUCCGAGCUGCACAAACACAACCACGGAUCCGCAAAACUGUGGCACAUGUGGCAAUGUCUGCUCAUCAGGUGUUUGUGAGAAUGGCUCAUGCACUGCUUCAUCUUGCGUUGCCAAGACUUGCGGCAGCUUCCAAAAUUGCAACGACAACGACAAUUGCUUCUGCUUUUCAUCCACUCGGCCCCUUCCAGAUAAUGGCUUCUGCGGAGCCAAUGCUUUGUGCGAUGAAUCGACCCUAUGUACCACUGAUGCUGACUGCGGACCUGGGACCACUGGUAACAUCUGUUCGGUUGAUACUUGCUGCUCUCAACAACCAAAAGCUCAGCCAGGUAUUUGCUUGCAGGCAUCGUGUGGCAAUCCUGCAACCAAGUUAAAGAUGAUGGCUAGGGCAAGAUUUGGAAGGACGGCCGCAUAUUAGAGAAAGAAGAUGAAGGUUUCGGAAUAGAAGCAAGAAGGAGAGGUUCACCAAAGAAAAAUAAUGGCUUUUAGUGCAAGUCCCUUUGGCAUCUCAUCUUAUCAGGAAAAGC